AUGGAUAAGUCUUGGAUGCUUAUUGAAGACAGAUUGCAUUCCACUGAGUAUGAUGAAGGUGUUAGGAGAUUCUUAGCCAUGGCACAAGUUCAUGCAGUGACAACUGAUCAAAUUAGGUGUCCAUGUAGGAGAUGCCGGAAUAGAGCUUUUCACUCUAUUCGUAUUGUGGAAGAUCAUUUGUUUUUAAAAGGGAUUGAUCCAACCUAUACGGAAUGGAUUUUCCAUGGAGAAGAGGAUCCGAUCCUAAAUUCUACAUUCUCUGAUGAAGAAUUUGAUGAUGCAUCUUCUUAUAAUCACUACAUUGAUGAUGUCGACGAGAUGUUAGAUGACAUUCGUCAUGGGUCGUUUAUGGAUGAGGAAGGUAGCAAUGAAGGAAAUGCAAAUGAUAAUUAUCAACCCUCCACCUCAAAUGCUCCAACCAACUAUAAUUUCGACGAGUUGGUUGCUGACGCACGACAACCACUUUAUCCUGGAUGUGCUAAGUUCUCGAAGCUAUCAUUCAUCGUCAAGCUACUUCACAUCAAGAGCAUAGGUGGUUGGACAGUGAAGUCCUUUGACAUGGUGAUCAAGCUUUUGCAUGAUGCAUUUCCCGACGCUCUAUUUCCAGAUUCAUAUAACGAUGCUCGUCGCUUAGAGCGUGGCUUGGGCUUUAAUUAUGAAAAGAUACACGUGUGCCCAAAUGACUGUGUGUUGUUUUGGAAGGAAAAUGCAUCGUAUAAUGAAUGCCCUAAAUGUAAAGCAUCUAGGUGGAUUGCAAGCACAAGUGAGCAGCGGAUGAUACCACAAAAGGUUCUUCGAUACUUCCCCUUGAAGCCACGCUUGCAGAGGCUGUUCAUGUCAACGAACACAGCCCAAGCCAUGAGAUGGCAUAAAGAUGCACGUGUUGACGAUCCAACAUGCAUGCGACAUCCAGCAGAUUCAAGGGUAUGGAAAGACUUCAACAACAAACAUGUUGCCUUUUCCCAUGAUCCUCGCAAUGUUAGACUUGGGUUGGCGAGUGAUGGGUUUAACCCCUUCAAUAAUAUGAGUAGGCCGUACAGUAUUUGGCCGGUACUACUUGUGCCCUACAACUUGCCCCCUUGGUUAUGCAUGAAAGAUCCAUACACCAUGUUGUCGUUGCUAAUCCCUGGCCCUAAGUCACCAGGGAAUGAUAUUGAUGUGUUCUUGCGUCCUCUUGUUGAUGAGUUGAAGGAAUUAUGGGAAGAUGGUAUUCGGACGUUUGAUGCGUACAGUAGACAAAUGUUUAGCUUGCAUGCAGCACUACUUUGGACUAUCAAUGACUUUCCCGCAUACGCCAAUCUUUCUGGGUGGAGCACGAAGGGCAAGUUGGCUUGUCCUUCAUGUAGAUCUGACACAAAUUCACAGUGGUUGGUAUAUGGGCGAAAGCACUGCUAUAUGGGGCAUCAACGGUGGUUGCCACCAAAUCACAGUUGGAGACGGAAAAAGAACUCUUUUAACGGGUGCGAAGAGCAUGGACUCCAACCAUCAAGGGUCGAGGGAGAGGAUUUGGUGGCACAAUUACGUGAAGUUGCACAUGUUCAAUUUGGCAAAUCUACUUCGAAGAGGAAACGAACGCCGAAUCAACUAAAUUAG